AUGUUCUGGUGUUAUCUCUUACUUCCUCGUCAUGAUAUUGUCUCCAGUUUUACAACUUCGGCUGGUGUUCAUAUCUGUCAUGGCACUGACCAUUACAACAUUUGCAGCAGCAGCAACAACAGACCCCUGCUAUAACUAUGCUGUGCUGGAUGAUCCACGGAGAGCCACCAGCAAUCCAUAUUCCUCUCAACUACAGUGUGACGCUUAUGUCAGCUGGAGCGGCUGGUAUCGUCUCUUCAUUCAGGGUCAGAGCGCUCAGAUGCCAGACACAUGUGUUGAUCAGUAUAGAUGUGGCACUAUUGUACCACUGUGGCUGAACGGAGGACAUCCAACAGUUGAGGAUGGAGUGGUCACUCGAGUUGUCUGCGGUUCCUGGAGCAAUAACUGCUGUUACUUCCAAUACCCAUCAAAUCCCAUUAAAGUCAAAGCCUGUCCUGGCAAUUACUACGUCUAUGAGUUUGUGAGAUCAAAUGUCUGUCCUUCAGCAUACUGCGCAGAAGUUACCUUCAGUACUCCCACAAAUUUGACAGCACCAGGAAUAUUCUACCCGUUCGGCUCAGCAGCAGGAGACACAAGAAACGCUGCUGUUGAUGAUGGAAGCUCCUCAGUUAUUCCACUGUUGAGUCCAUUUCUGUUCUUUGGUCGCAGAUACCAGCAGAUUUAUGUGAAUAAUAAUGGACAUCUCACAUUCAACCAGUCUUCAUCACAGUUUGUUCCCUACUCUUUUCCUGCUAAUGGAAGCCAAGAUAUAAUUGCUGGUCUCUGGACCAACCUUGACAACCGUGCAAGAGGAGUGAUUUCAUAUCAUCAGUACACUAAUGGAAGUGUUCUCACACGCGCCACUCUGGAUAUAAACAAUCAUUUCCCAAAUCUGACCUUCAGCGCUUCCUGGGUCUUUGUUGCAACGUGGGAUAAAGCUGCUUACUUUCCCAAUACCAGCACAGAAACAUCGUUUCAAGUGGUGUUAAUUUCAGGCAGUAAUUUUUCAUUUAUUCUGAUGAAUUAUGGUGAUAUUGCUGUAACAGUGCAUCCUGUGGAGGCUGGUUAUGACACAGUAAACUCCUUUGACUACUUUGUGAUUCCUGGAUCAAACAAUGGGAGCUUCAUCUCAAACCUCAAGAACUCCAGUAAUGUCAAUGUUCCCGGCCGAUGGGCCUUCAGGGUGGACAGUGGACACAGCACCUCUAAAAAAAACGUCAUUGGACUUCAAGUGAGAUUUUCCUCAGUUUUAGAUCUAACACAGAGUGGAAACACUGAUGCUGUUUUACAACAACUAAAACAGGAACUGGUCAAGAAUGGUUUGCCAAGCAGCACAGAGCUGAAGUUAAGAUAUCUGCAAAAGAUAAAGCCAUAAAUUCAGUGUCCUUCAGGAAAAGAAAUAAAACUGUCCUGUUCAGUAAGAAUAUCCCAUUGAUCAUGUGAAGAAUGAAAAGACCCCAGUUUCCUAUUAAUGUGGUUUCAUUUUAAUGACAAAAAAUAGCAUUAAAGUUCUAUAUUAAAAAAGAGGUCCAUAUGACCUUUUUUUCCUAUGGAGAUUUUCUUUUAUUAUUUUUUUACAUUUUACAACACUUUCCUUAAAUUUUCCGCACUAGGUUUCUUUGCAUGUUUGAGAUCCACAAGUUCAGUUCAAUGAUCCGGUCUUUGAGGAAGAUUAUCAAUGAACAACAACAAAAAUGUCUGUCUUUUUUUUUAAACAAAGCUGUUGUAUGACUUUUUAAAUAUAGUGCAUGAGUUGUAUGGAUAACAUCAUACAUUUAAUGGUGUUUUUUGCAUCCAUUUUAAUACUUAAAAGUGCAGACGAUACAGUUAUUCAAAUUUCCUCCUUUUAAAUUCACACUUUACUUUUACGUUUAAUCAAAAUUUAUGAAUUUACAAAAUAAAACCAGAUUUGAAUUAUUUCUUUAAUGUCUGCUGCUUUGUUUGCCCCAUCAUGGUGUGUGUCAGACUGUUAUCAAAUGUCAGCUGCAGAAGUUUAAACUAGUUCUUAACUGAAAGUAAAACUGUUCGUCUCAUUCAUUCACCUUCAUUAAAACCAUAACAUGUAAGAAUACAAAUACUAAUCUGUAACUUGCUUUGCUUUUUGUUGAGAACAGUCACCCAGAGAAUGCAAAAUUAAUGCAGAAUGUAAAAUGCAUGUCUUUAAAGAAAGAAAUAUGACCGCAGACUUGAGAAGAUUGUCAGGCGAAGCCAAUUUAAGAACUUAGGAGAGCUUCAAAAGGAGUGGACUGAAGCUGGAGU